GCCCCGCAGAGCUCGCCGGUCUCCUCGCGCUAGUUCCGGCUCCGCUGCGAUUUGGGCUGGCCGCGGCUUCUCCCGUCAGCUGCGCCUCGGGUGGUAGUAACGUGACAAAAAUGACAGAGUUCUGGCUUAUUUCUGCUCCUGGGGAGAAAACAUGUCAGCAGACAUGGGAGAAGCUGUGUGCUGCAACUAUAAAAAAUAACAACCUGUCCAUCAAUGCAAAGUUUAAUAUUCCAGAUUUAAAGGUUGGCACUCUUGAUGUCUUAGUUGGCUUGUCUGAUGAGCUGGCUAAACUGGAUGCAUUUGUGGAAGGUGUUGUCAAGAAGGUGGCACAAUAUAUGGCUGAUGUGUUGGAAGACAGUAGAGAUAAAGUUCAGGAAAACCUUCUGGCCAAUGGAGUUGAUUUGAUCACCUACAUAACAAGAUUCCAGUGGGAUAUGGCCAAGUAUCCAAUCAAACAGUCUCUGAAGAAUAUUUCAGAAAUAAUUGCCAAGGGAGUGACUCAGAUUGAUAAUGAUCUAAAGGCAAGAGCAUCUGCAUACAACAGCCUGAAAGGCAACCUUCAGAACCUGGAAAGGAAGAAUGCAGGAAGUUUGCUAACAAGAAGUCUGGCUGAAAUUGUGAAGAAAGAUGACUUCGUACUUGAUUCUGAGUACUUGAUUACAUUGUUAGUGGUUGUACCAAAGACGAAUUACAAUGAUUGGAUGAAGCAGUAUGAAACUUUGACAGAUAUGAUAGUCCCUCGAUCCAGCAAUGUUCUUUCAGAGGACCAGGAUAGUUAUCUGUGUAGUGUCACCUUAUUCAGGAAGGCAGUGGAUGAGUUCAAGCAUAAAGCAAGAGAAAACAAGUUUAUGGUCCGUGACUUUCAGUAUAAUGAAGAGGAGAUGAAGGCAGACAAAGAGGAAAUGAACAGGCUGUCUACGGAUAAGAAGAAACAAUUUGGGCCUCUAGUCCGGUGGCUAAAAGUGAAUUUCAGUGAAGCUUUCAUUGCAUGGAUUCAUGUGAAAGCCCUAAGAGUCUUCGUUGAAUCUGUUCUAAGGUAUGGUUUGCCAGUUAACUUCCAGGCUAUGCUCCUUCAACCCAACAAGAGAACAAUGAAGAAAUUGAGAGAGGUCCUCUAUGAUUUGUACAAACACCUUGAUAGUAGUGCUGCAGCAAUCAUUGAUGCAACUAUGGAUAUUCCAGGUUUGAAUCUCAGUCAGCAAGAAUACUAUCCUUAUGUGUACUACAAGAUAGACUGCAACUUGCUUGAAUUCAAGUAGAUUAUUUCUGAAUCUAAUGAUCCUCUCAUAGUGUUGAUGUACAAGCAAAAAAGGUUGAAGAAUUUUGCUCCUAAAUCUGUCAUAAACCUGUGCUUGCUUCUUUCUCCCUUUGCAUAGGAGAAUAAUCCCCUUAGUGGUCCAUCUCUUGACAUUUUCUUUUAAAAGAGAAAUGCAAUUAUUGUUUUUAAUAGAUCAGGUCUGUAAUUGUAUAUUGAGAAAAUCAGAGUGUAUUUAUAAAUAGUCCUUUAUUUAAAGAGUAAAAAACAGAAGGUCAUUCCACUUUCAUGCCAUGCCUCAUCAAAACCUUGUUUACAAAACAAGAUAGUGGGGAAACACGCCAUUGUUCACUGUGUUUCAUAGAUAUGCUAUAAACAUUGUAAUUGAAUUGUGAUGUAAAAUAUGUGCAGGCUGAUAUUCAGUCGAUGCUUUCUGAAUGUUUUAAGUUUACAAGAUAUUAAGCACUGCAUUCACCCAAGAAAAUAAAAACA